AUGGAUCAGAUAAAUAGGACCACUAUAAACUAUUUUAUUCUUAUGGGCAUUUCAGAUAAGCCAGAACUGCAGCUUCCAAUCUUCCUCCUGGUUCUCCUCAUUUAUCUCAUCACACUUGGUGGUAAUGUGACCAUUCUUCUCCUGGUCUGCUUGGACCAUAAGCUCCACACUCCCAUGUACUUCUUCCUGAGCAACCUGUCCACCCUAGACAUGUUUUGUUCUACCAUUACUUUGCACAAAGUCCUUGCCAUGUUUAUAACGGGGAAUAAAACCAUCUCCUAUUCCUCGUGUAUGACGCAGUUGUACUUUUUUUCAUGUUUUACUUCUAACGAGCUAUUAAUAUUGACGGCCAUGAGCUAUGACCGAUAUGUGGCCAUAUGUAACCCUUUGCAUUAUACAAUGGUCAUGAACCGCAGAGCUUGUUCUUUAUUGGCCCUGUUGUGCUGGCUUGUUGGGAUACUUGAACUUGUGCCCUAUAUUGUGUUAUUAUUACGAUUAUCCUGUUAUAGAUCCAAUGUAAUCAAUCACUUCUUCUGUGACAUGGCGCCAGUCAUAGAACUAUCUUGUAGUGACACCUCUGCCCUGGAGCUCUUGAUCUUUACAGAAGGGUUGUUCCUUCUAAGUGCCACCCCAUUUCUUCUCACCUUCAUGUCCUAUGUUUUCAUAAUAGUCUCAAUAAUGAGGAUCCGUUCCAGCUCUGGGAGGCGUAAAACAUUCUAUACCUGUUCCUCACACCUCAUGGUGGUUGUCCUUCUCUACGGGACACUUUUCUGCCAGUAUCUGAGGCCGACCUCAGUGGACAGUUUAGAUUCCAAUAAAAUUUUCUCCCUUAUUAACACAGCUGCUGUCCCUGUGCUAAACCCCAUUAUAUACAGUUUAAAGAAUGAUGCUGUGAAGUCUGCUUUUAAAGUAAAGAUUGUUUGCUUUAAAAAUAAAGGUUGCAGUGUUUAA